UCACAAGCCAACUAACAAAAACGAAGAACUUUCUCUCUUCUCUGUGUCUUUUGGAUUCAUGCUCUCUCACAGCGAAUUCUUUGGCUUUGGCGUAUCGAAACCCUAGAUUCGCUCCCAUUCUUCGCAGAGGGAGCGCUGCUUCAGCUAUUGUCUGUGGCUUAUGAAAAUGGACUUAGAAGAUAAAUUCCUUGCUAAAGUUUCUGGUGUUCAGAGCCUUUCUUCCAGUGUGCAAAGCACCCCAGAAAAAAACGGGCAUUCAGAUGAUGCUUCAAGAAGUCCAGAACUCCUUCAAGAGUUUCUGAAAUCUGGUCCAAAGAGGGAACUUCUUCGAACAUGCUUUGAUAAGGAAAGGAAAAACUCAUCAAAAAGCAAAAUGACAGAACUUCAUAAGACUACUAUCAAGACCAUUAAGAAACAGGACUCAAGAAAAGCUUCUUCUAGCUCCAACAAUCAACCUCCUAGGAAGCAACAACGGAAGGGAGAAAAUCCAAUGAGACUUCCAUCAGCUCCAGAACAGUCUCCAGAUUUUGAACAUUCGAACUCGUGGAUUUGUAAAAAUUCUGCUUGUAGAGCUGUUCUGUCCAUAGAUGACACAUUUUGCAGGAGGUGCUCUUGCUGUAUCUGUCACUUGUUUGAUGACAACAAGGACCCCAGUCUUUGGUUGGUAUGCACCUCUGAAUCUGGUCAGGGAGACUCCUGUGGAUUAUCUUGUCACAUAGAGUGUGCUCUUCAAUGUGAAAAAGUGGGGGUUGUUGAUCUUGGGCAAUUGAUGCAGCUAGAUGGUAGUUAUUGUUGUGCUUCUUGUGGGAAAGUUUCAGGCAUACUUGGAUGUUGGAAGAAGCAGCUAAUAAUAGCAAAGGACGCUCGCCGUGUUGAUGUUCUCUGUUAUAGGAUAUACUUGUGUUUCAGGCUCCUGGAAGGGACGUCCAGGUUUAAAGAACUGCAUGAGAUUGUAAAAGAUGCGAAAGCUAAACUAGAAACUGAAGUGGGUCCAAUGAAUGGAGUAUCUGCCAAGAUGGCACGUGGCAUUGUCAGCAGACUCUCUAUUGCAGGUGAUGUGCAGAAAUUCUGUUCUCUUGCAAUCGAGAAAGCAGAUGAAUGGCUGGCCACUGUUUCUGAUGUGAAUCCAAAUUGCAGAGAAGAUUCACUACCUGCUGCUUGCAAGUUCUUUUUUGAAGAAGUAACAUCAUCCUCUGUAGUGAUUAUCUUGAUUGAGCUGUCUAAUGCAUCAUCUGAGGAUAUUAAGGGAUACAAGCUCUGGUACUUUAAAAGUAGAGAAGAGACGCACACAAAAGAGCCCAUUUGUGUCUUUCCAAAAGCUCAUAGAAGGAUUAUGAUCUCCAAUCUGCAGCCCUGCACAGAAUAUAACUUCCGAAUAAUUUCUUAUACAGAGGCUGGCGAUUUGGGUCACUCUGAGGCCAAGUGCUUUACCAAGAGUGUUGAGAUAAUUCACAAGAAUGCUAAUUCAGCAGUUGCCAUGAACCGUAAGAAAGAGAAUCCCAUUAUUGAUGGCAAUUGUUCUAGUGCCAAAAGGGAGGCCAAGAAUACAACAGAAGUUGGGUUUUCUCCUGGAUUUAAGGUUCGGGAACUUGGAAAGAUUCUGCAUCUGGCUUGGGCUCAAGAGCAAGGCUGCUUUGAGGGGUUUUACAGCCCAGAGUUUGAAAAAUGCUGUGGAGUAAGCAAGGCGAUCAAGCCUGAAACUGUUGAAGAAGAACGGUCACCUUUUGUUUUGCGUGGGCUUGACUUGAAUGUAGUUUCAGUGCCAGAUUUGAAUGAAGAGCUCACCCCUCCAUUUGAUUCCUCUAGGGAUGAGGAUAAUGGAUGCACUUUGCAGCAGGCUGUUGAGGCAGAUGACGACGCCGCAUCUCAUGGCUUAGAUAAGAAUGGUUUAGCUACAUCCCAUGGUAGUGGCGACUCGAAGACUUGGAACAACGGGCCAGCUGUGGAAGUCCCAGCUGUUGAUUCCCGGGCAGAGUUUUGCAGGAAAAGGGCAGCAAACUCUAAUGAGACACAUGAUUGUGACAGCACUUUGAUUAACGGUUCACCAUUCCGAGUCUCCAACGCUUCAUCUUGCUUGGAUGAGAACUUUGAGUACUGUGUGAAGAUAAUCCGUUGGCUGGAAUGUGAGGGUCACAUUAAACAGGAAUUUAGAUUGAAAUUGUUAACAUGGUUUAGCUUGAGAUCAACAGAGCAAGAACGUAGGGUGGUCAACACAUUUAUUCAAACACUGAUUGAUGAUCCAAGUAGCUUAGCAGGACAAUUGGUUGACUCCUUUUCAGAUAUUAUAUCUUCCAAGAGGCCACGAAAUGGAUUCUGUAGUAAGCUGUGGCAUUAAAAUAAGGGCGCAGCAGUCUGAUUUACAGGAUUGCUAAUUUCCUGCGAUAAAUUACCCCUGAUUGUUUUCGCCGUUCUUUGUACAGGCAUUUUUUUCUUAGUCACCAUUGGAAGUGAUUCAUUUUUAUCACGGACAUAUUUUGUCCGGCUAAAAGAUUUGAGUUGCUGAUUGCGGAGACAGUUCCUGAUGAUUCUUGGAACGGGGGGGGCCUAGCACUUGAUGUUUGGUGCUAUAUUUGGCAUUUUCCAUUUCCUUCCAAUAUUUAUCCUAAUUACAUUCAACUAGUACCAUUAGUCAAUCAUGGAGGAUUUAUGUAUUUCUAAUUAUUUUUAUCAUUGCCUUUCUUUAAAUCAAAGAAGGGUACAUGAAAUUCAUCCUGGAUUUUACGUGAUUAAUUUAUCUUCGCGGUUGUUAUAUUCUA